CACGCACGUACGUCCGCACUGUACACGCGCGUAAACGCGUUUCGGUUCCGGUACGCAACCUCACGACCCUUCAUAGGACUGAUCAUUGUGCGCCGCGCGACCAGCACUGAUCGCGCGUAUGCGAUUGUGGGAAUAUAUGUAGCUAUCUGCACGCACAGGUGUUUUUCUUUUCGAUCCCGCGAGAAAAGGAAAAGCCGCGUGAGCAAUCGGUGCACGGAGUGACGACAAUCUCCCUCCGAGCCUCCGCGACCCUUCGCUCAUCGGAAGGGGAUCCUCGCGAUUCGGUAUCCAUCACCAGUGUCCGCCGCAAUCGGUCGACGUUGCGUCUGCCAGGUUCGAGGAAAGUGCGCGAGAGUCGAGCGAGCGAGUCUCCGAUGAUCCAUUUGAUGCGUCGCUCGGGUUUGAUGCAGCACCAUUAAAUCACAUAGAGAUCGGUAACUUCGGGUGGCUUCGAAGUAGCCAAGAGAGCAGGAGUGGUGAAGUGCGAAGUGCCCGGCCAAGUUUCUGAUCGACAAUCGAAUUCGGCGAAGCGUGAGCAGAAGAAAUGGCAUCGGCAGCAGCGGAAUUAGUAGCGGAAAGGGAGCCGGAACUGAGGCUCGAGAUGACAGAUUCAAACAGGACGUUCGUAGGCGCCCAGGGUCUGGUCAAAAUGGCCUUAGAUCAAUACACGGAGAUUCUCACGACGGUCUCGGAUCCGCGUGUCAGCGACUGGCCUCUGAUGGAUUCGCCUGUACCGACAUUUCUCAUCGUGCUCCUUUAUAUAUAUGGCGUUGUCAUAUUCGGCCCGCGUAUAAUGGCCAACAGAAAGCCUUACAAACUCAAAAGUAUCCUGGUAGCGUAUAACGCGUUUCAAGUUGUCUUCUCGCUAGGGAUGCUGUACGAGCACUUGAUGUCUGGAUGGCUACUUGACUACAGUUACAAGUGUCAACCGGUUGAUUAUUCCCACAAUCCGUCCGCUCUGAGGAUGGCGAAUCUUUGUUGGUGGUACUUCAUCAGCAAAUUUACGGAAUUCGCUGACACGAUAUUCUUCGUGUUACGCAAGAAAGAUAGCCAAGUGACAUUCCUGCAUUUGUAUCAUCAUUCUCUCACACCUCUGGAAACGUGGAUAUGUGUGAAAUUUAUCGCAGGCGGUCAUGGUACUUUGGGCAAUCUUAUAAACAACGCGGUACAUGUGAUCAUGUACGCGUACUAUAUGUUAGCAGCCAUGGGCCCAGAAUAUCAAAAGUACUUAUGGUGGAAGAAGCACUUAACCACAGUACAAUUGGUGCAAUUCUUCGUGGUAUUCGUGCACAGUGCGCAGGCCCUCAUUUUCGACUGCGGUUAUCCGAAACUGAUUGCGGGUCUUCUUCUACUUCACUCGUCGAUCUUCAUCGUGCUCUUCUCUGACUUUUAUAGGACUGCUUAUCGUAGAGGAAAGUCUGUGAAGGAACUUAAGGCUGAAUAGAAUACAUGAAGGAUAUAUGGAAGGGAAAAAAAAUAUUUGUUCCCAUGUUGAACGAAAAUACGCACAUAUAUAUGCACAUGUCACAAAUUCGUUCAAAUGUAGCUCUCUUCUACACCGGUGAAUCGUAUUCAAAAUAAUAUGCAGUUGCAAAAGGAAACUUUAAAUAUACGGAAAAUGGGGAAAAUGUAAUUCUUAUUGCACUCUAAAAGUAAUACAAUUAUCAAAGAUAAAGAGAAAUAUGUUAUGAUGAGACGAGUUAAAAAUAUAUUACCCUCACUUUUAUGUCAACACACUUUCAUAUUUAUAAAAUUUUUCCUUAUUUAUAUAAAAUAAUUUGAUAUAAAAUAAUUUUAUAUAUAAUUAAAGAACUACUUUUUCUCAUUUUUUAUAAUUAUCAUAAUUUAAAAAAAAAUUUGACGAUGGCAAGAGAAAUUGAUAAAUGAAGAAGACGAGUCAGUCGGCCAAUAGGUUAAUGCUCGUAUCAGACUCUCGUAUCUUUUCAUAUCCGUUUGGAAAAACGAUAUACAAUGAGAAAUCUAGGAUGACACAGAAAAGAGUGUGCAUUAGAAAAUCCCUUUUUGUCCGUUGAUGCGACUGUUUCGGUCGCAUCAACGGAUGCACAGACAUAAACCGUAUUAGCUUCCGACACAAUUUUCCGGUAAGACAAUCGAGGUCAAACGUUUCACUGGUUGCGGAGCAGUAGAUAUUGCUUCCGUAAGGAAGAGGAUUCUUCUUCGUUAUACCUCUCGUGUGUCCUCCGCAGGACAUCUCAGGUCUCGCGCACACUUUGGACCGGCACUUUUGAAGUAUCGAUUUCAAAAAUAUAUCUUUAUCAUCUUUUAAUCGGCCUCUAACACCUAUUUUUAUAUUGUUUGAGAGUUUAAAAAUGUUCAAUAUGUUGCGCAAUAAGUUUAAAUAAAUCUACAUAAAAUAAAGUCUAAAAAAAGUUUUAAAAUUAAGAGUUUAACAAAACGCGAAGAGAACAACAUUGAAAACGAAACAAAACAAUAAUAAAACGGACAUAUAAAAUUACAUUGAUUACAACUAUAAUUCAAGGAUAUGCUUUGCCAUAUUAGAAUUAUCUGUCUUGAAAAUUACUAUUAAAUUAUGCUCAAUGUGGUCGUAUCUCAGAAGCUCGGAAUUAUCGUGUAUCGACCAAUCCUCAGGUCCUCAGUGUGUAUCAUAACUUCUAUCAUUUCAUAAAAAUUACUAUCAUUAAUUCCAUGUAAGUAGAAUUACUGUAAAUAUAAAAGUAGCUAUAUACGCGCACGCUUGGAAACUUGUCGUUCCCAGCUAAAUGAUGACAAAAUAAUUGAUUUUGAUGAAUCUAUUAAGAAUAUUAUUCACACGAGUUAUAAAAUGCGCGUUUGUGGUCACGUUUAUUAUCACGAGCGCUUUUGAUUCAUGUUUUUUUUCUUCAUGAAUUUUAAUCUUGUGUUGAAAAAUCUUUUACAUAACUUGAAUCUCUUAUAAGUCGACUCUUUAUGCGCACUCAAUGUAAUACCAUCGUAUUGUAUUGAUUUAUUGGAAUGAGAAAAAUUCUUAUCAAAUCAGAUAAAGAUUUCCGUAGCGUAAAAAGCGUGAUACCGAUCUAUCUAUUAUUAUGGAGGUAUUUUGUGAAUAUUCAAGUUCAAUGUGUCUCUGAUGUUAAUGUACCUAAUAAUUAUUCAGAUAUAUAUCUAUUCAUAAAGAAUAAAAUAAAUAUAACAUAUAACCGUAUGAUUCAGAAAAGCAAUCAACGCAAGGUAUUAAAUUAAAAAUUUGAAACUGUUUUAUACGCAAUAUAUACAAUGUUUGGUAUAAUUUUUAUAGAUAAUUAUGAUAUAUAUGUGUAUAAAUCGAAGAAAAAUAUAGAAUUUAAUAAGUAGAAUUUAAUAAAUUUAUAUAUUUGUAUUGUGUUCAAAAUGUAAAACUGAGACACGCUGUCACAAGAUUUCGUGUCGUACGAGAAAAAGAGCGAUCAAAAAACACUGUAUGCUUGCCGAUGCUAAGAAGACUCUCGAACAAACCGCAAUGCGGGUUUACGAAUUACGAGAAGUCAACAUUGUGAAAUAGUUAAUAUAUGAAUGAGAAUUUAUGUAUCAACGACGCACUUGUAAUAAAUUUCAUUUGCAUCAAUUUCGUCCGAAAAAUCCGCUAGUGAUUACAAUGAACUCGUAAAGAAUGGAAUUCGUAACUUAUCGAAAUAAUCCAUGUAUACAAAUAGAAGGAAAAUCUAGUUUAAUACACUUUAUUACUCGAUUCAUUCUGUUAAACUCACCAUUCCGUAAGGCACAGAGAGAGAAACAGGUGCAAUAUAAAGAUAUAUUUAUUAUUUCAUAUAAUAUAAAAAGGAAAACCCGCGCGACCUUACGCUACGUAAUAAAUUUCACCAUUGUCAUUACUAUGCUUCCACGAGAUACAUAGCGAGACGCGAGAUGUGAAUACCGCAAAGAGAGAUCGGAACCGGCGCGGAUACAUACGGUCCGAUGCCGUCGGAGAAGACCCGCGGAGUUGCACGUCUGCGGCGCUUUCUGUAUUUUAUCGAUUGCCUCGAUAAACCUGCGCAGCUAUAAAGGGCGCCGAGAGCGCACAUCCUGCGUGCGUGUAGUAAUCGUCGCGAACGUCCAAGCGUGGCGACGAAUACACUCGAGGGGUUUAACAAUUGUAAUUAAUGAGAUAAGUUAUUAAGUCUCGAGACGCGAGACGCUAAUUUUACCUCCAAUCUUAGGAUUACCGCUCACUUGCGUACAACGUGCGCCGUCUUGUAAAUAUUGUAUCUUUCUCUUUUUUUGUAACAAUAAAAAUAAAAUAUUACCUAUAAA